CAUUAAUAGGCGGAUCCAGACUGACUCGCAGCUCAGCAGCAACAUGGACACUGGCCUGUGAGAGCCUGAGACACCAGAGGAGAGGAACCAGGAACCCUCUCUCUCCCCCUCUCUGUGACUCUCUGAGAGGGCACCUGCUGGGGUGGGCAGCCUGGCCCAGCCAUGCCAGAGGAGCUGGAGAGGUUCCUGAGUGAGGGCAAAGGCAGAGGGCUGAGGGCUCGCAGGAACUUCCAUGUAGGAGACCUGAUCUUCACGUGUCCGGCUUACACCCAUGUCCUGACUGUCAAUGAGAGGGGCAACCACUGCGAGUAUUGCUUUGCUCGAAAAGAGGGUUUGGCAAAAUGUGGACGUUGUAAGUUGGCAUUCUACUGCAAUGUAAACUGCCAGAAAACCGACUGGCCUAUGCACAAGCUGGAGUGUGCGUCUAUGUGUAAAUUUGGACAGAACUGGAACCCUUCAGAGACAGUCAGACUCACAGCGAGAAUCCUGGUCCAACAGAAGCUGCAGACGGAGAUAACUCCGUCAGAGGAAUUGCUGUCUCUUAACGAGUUUGAAUCUAAUCUCGAUCAGUUGGACAAUGAAAAGCGAGAGCUAAUUGAGAGUGACAUCGCUGCCCUUCAUCACUUUUACUCCAAGCACUUUGACUUCCCAGAUCGAGACACAUUGGUUCAGCUGUUUGCAAAGGUUAACUGCAAUGGUUUUACAAUUGAAGAUGAAGAACUUUCUCACUUAGGCUCUGCUAUCUUUCCAAGCGUUGCUUUGAUGAAUCACAGCUGCUGUCCGAAUGUGAUCGUAACCUAUAAAGGGACAUGUGCAGAGGUCAGGGCUGUGAAGGAGAUUAACGCUGGAGAGGAGAUCUUUACCAGUUAUAUCGAUUUGUUGUAUCCGACCGAAGACAGGCAGGAUCGAUUGAAGGAUUCCUAUUUCUUCAUUUGUGAUUGCAGGGAAUGUGCUACAAAAGCAAAGGAUGAAGAAAAAUUGGAGAUCCGAAAGCAUGGCGAGAUUCCAAAGCCGCAUGACAUCAAGGACAUGAUUAAGUACUCCAGGAAUGCCAUCGAAGAGUUCAGGAGAGCAAAGCACUACAAAACCCCUAGUGAGCUGCUGGAGGUCUGCGAGCUCAGCCUGGAUAAGAUGGGAGCAGUCUUUGAUGAUAACAAUGUCUACGUGCUGCACAUGAUGUACCAGGCUAUGGGGGUCUGCCUGUACAUGCAGGACUGGGAGGGAGCCCUUCGCUACGGUCAGAAAAUUGUCAGACCUUACAGCAAGCACUACCCUCCUUAUUCUCUGAACGUUGCUUCCAUGUGGCUGAAGUUAGGCCGGUUAGAUAUGGGACUGGAAAACCAUUCAGCUGGAAGGAGAUCAUUGAGAAAGGCCCUGGCCAUUAUGGAGGUGGUGCACGGCAAAGAGCAUCCCUACGUUGCGGAAAUUAAAAAGGAGCUGGAGGGAAAAUGAAUGUUUUGCAUACCUUUCCAGAUUCUUUAGUCGGAAUGCAUUUGGUGUCUGGUCAAAGAUGAUGACAGCAUCCUGAGCAAUAUUUCAAAAUAUUAGUUCCCAUCUGCAAAUGACCGGUCUCAAAAAUAAUUGCAUGAAGGUCAAGAGGAAUGCUCCCUUUUGUUUUUGUUUGCCCUUUGCGUGUUUUGAAUAUGUACUUGCUACACUAAAAUGUAUUGCAAGAGGUUUGUCCUCAGCUCAUUUAAGAGUUGAAAAUGUAUGUACACUCCAUAAAAAAAUACGAAACAUAA